AUGCAGAUUCCCGCAGACGGCCAGUCAAUAGAGGACCUCGUCUCUCAGGAAAGAAAAACCAUCACAGAACUGCUUCUUCCUGAGGCACCAUCGACAAGCACCACAAAUGAUCUCGCCAACGCAGACCAUCUGAAUCCUCCUGAUCUUGAUGUUCUUGCUUCAGCUCUCGGUGCGCCUGCCCGGCAAGUCCUUAGGCGGGCUCAAGAAUUAGGCCCGUUGACUGGAUGGAGAGACGGCUACCUGACAAGCACACACGGUUUCUGCCCUCCAGACCCCUCCGCGGCGCCUGCUGCACUCUCAAUGUCACCUGGAAGGAUAUGGUCAGAUCUCUGCGAAAGAAUGCCAGCAGUGGUAGCGCGGGGCAAAAUGCGUGAAUCAAUCCUGGCUUUACCUCUCGUCUACGGCACAGAAAACGUCAUACCAGAUCAAGCCCUCUGGGCUGCGGUCGUUUGCCUGGGUAUACUUGCCAGCGUUUACAGGUAUGAAGAGCGCAACGAUGGGCACGAGGGAAUUAGCAUAACUGCACCUCCCGGAACUUUUCGAAAUUUGUCGGGCGAAGCAGACGACGAAGAAGAGGAGACGAAAGGGAUCCCGAGGAAUAUUGCUAUCCCUCUCCGCCAGAUCUGUACGAGGAUGGGGAGAGUUUUGCCCCAUUUGACCCAGUACGAUGUCUCCGUUUACAACUACAAGCUUCGAGAUCCUACCAGCAUCAACCCAUAUGUCGCGAGGUGCGAAAACAUGGACCUGCGAUGGCCUGUAUUCAAUGAUCGUGGGGAGGCUAUGUUCCUGCUGUGCAUGGCUGAGACGCACGGAUGCUUCACCCAAGGCGUUGAGUUGAUCACAAGAUGUCAGGAGCGGGUCAUGCUGAAGGACAAAGAAGGCCUUCUUCGAGAGCUCAUUAAAAUGAAAGCGAUAGUGGACAGAUUCGUCCACGUCUUCCAGAAGAUCAGCGUCAAUCCCAACUCAGGCGAAAAUUUCGCAAACCCAGUCGAGUGGGGUCAGAGAUAUGCAAAGUUCAGCGCUCCCCUUUCCAAACGUGUUCCUGCAUUAUCCGGACUUGCAUUGCCAGUAUUCCUGUUGAUGGAUGCGUUCAUUGGAAGAAGAAAAUACGACAGUUUCCUUGGGAGAGAGGCACUCCAUCUUAGAGCCUGGCUGCCAAUGAAUAUUCGAGCAUUCAUUGCUGCUAUCGAAUAUCAUUAUCAGGUUCCUGCCUUUGUCAAAGAAUCUGGAGACCCACGGCUGAUGGGUGUGAUGGAGGGCAUUCUUCAGGCAUAUCUAUCUGAGCGCGGCUGGUUUGGAACGCACCGCUAUAAAGUCUAUGGCUUCUUGGAAGUCGUCGCCAAAACUGGUCGUAGUGAGACGAACGGGAAUGCCGGGUCGUCCGACAAUGUGGGGAGACCGUGGGAAGAGGUGCAUAAAACUCUUUCAGAAUCCAUGAGAGAACGUUUAGAACCUUUCAGAGGGAAAGUCACUCUCCAACCCCACGAGUUGCGCGGGUCGUUCGAGGAAUGCAGAUUCAAAGCAAGGAUCCUGUCUCGUUCCUUCGUGGAUACCGAUCCUCUGCGGUCUACAGCCAUGGUAACUUUCGGUCUCGAAGGCACUGGCAUCACCUUCCAACCCGGAGACCGACUUGCCGUUAUGCCAGUCAACUGCUGGACGGAGGUAGGGAAGAUCACUGCAGCUCAAGGUCUGGGUGAACUCCUUCACAAUUCUGUUCCACUUUCACAAAAUACGGACUGGUAUCGCUUUUCUCGGCAUCUGAAAUCGGUCAAUCGAAUUGACGGCGAACCCUCUCUGACGGUGCAAGAUAUUUUACGACGAGGACAUUUGGCGCCUUUGACAAAGGACACAGUUAUGGCCUUCCACAUGGCACUCCGAGCCUCAUCAUCGAGCGUGCUAAAAGUUCUGGGAUCAGAAAUGUGGCCAGUCGAGGGCUCCAUUGGCGAUUUGCUUCAACUCGCGGUCACAGAAGUCCCGUCGACGAUAUGGGACCGAGCCUUCAAUCUAUCCGAACUUUCGUGGCUUCCAAAAUUGAUCCCCAUUGAGGUUCCGCGAACUUACAGCAUUUCCAAUUACUCAAAUGAGCUGCUUCCGAGCACUCUUGACUUGACCGUCGCCCGCACUGAGUCGCAGAUAGCACCGAUAAUGCAAUCCACCAACCCUUGCAACCGGCGCCACGGGGUGAGCAGCGGAUGCCUUAACCCGGACCCCUCUUCUGGAGAGCUGUUCGAUGACGAAGAGUACCUCAUUGGAAUUUCCAGACCCAUCAAUUUCCAACUCCCAGUCACAAUGACUGGGCCUAUCGCGAUGUUCGCAGGCGGCUCAGGCAUUGCGCCCUUCAGAGGAUUCUGGCAAGCAAGGGUUCAAACCAGUGUCGGAAGGAAUAUCCUCUUUCUCGGGGUACAGUCGCGGGAUCGAUUUUCUUACGAGCAUGAACUCCGAGAAUAUGUACAAAACGGCCAGAUUGAACUUCACACUGCGUUCUCAAGGGACAGAAAUGGUCUUGUUUAUGAUUCAGUGUCUCGCGACCUUGUGGAGAAGCAGAUGAGUCCUCGGUAUCUCGACGCGACAAUAAUCGAACAAGGGCGAACAGUCUGCGAUCUUGUCAUCUCGAAGAGUCAAGGAGGACUUGGAGGACAUCUGUACAUCUGUGGCUCAGUGCCGAUGUAUGAGACAAUCAUAUCGGGAAUUCGCCAGGCCAUUUACCAGAAUUGGGCGUCAACGAAAGAGUCGGCGGACAACUUGCUCGCCAAAGCAUUCGCAGAGAGACGCUUCAUGUUGGACAUUUUCAUGACACCACGUCCAAUCAGUUAUGCCACUCCACAUAUCCCUCUAUCGAAGUUGGCUCUCAACACUGGCCACCGCAAAGGGUCUAGGAUGUACAUUGGUGUUCAUGGUGGCGUUUACGAUAUCACCGACUUCCUUCCCAUCCACCCUGGUGGCAUCUUGAUCGCUCAAGCAAGUGCUGGACUGGAUGCUUCAAAGACCUUUGAUGACGUGGCUCACACCACAAAUCCUGAGGUUAUGAGUCUAUUGUCAAAAUAUUUCAUCGGACACCUCGCAGCGAAGCCGGACUUCCGGUCGAUUGAAGUCAGCGGUAUCUACGAUCUCUGGUAUGAAUACCUACGCACUUGUGUGGAAGCUCUCACCACGCUACACUUCGAAGUGGACUACAUCCAGCAGGAUGCGCGAACCUGGUUUCAAGGCGAACUCUUCAAUAUGGGUGGUGUGAGGAAAUUCUAUCAAUUCCAGUCAAGGUUGAUGCAGAAUGGAUUUUCAACCUUGUUUGAGGCAAAACUUCAGGAGCUGCAUCUUAAGCUCACAUUCGCGUUGGUCAAUUCUGGCACGCCAGAGACCCGAGUGCCAGAUGUCAUUGGUGUCAUCACCAGAGCGCAGGCCUCUGCCGCCGCCGCUAAGGCUGCCAAAGAAGUCGCGCAGAUCGGCUCAUUUGUCUGUAACAACCAACAGGCCCAGUUCCAAGAAAAUGGGAUCCUGCAGUAUGCCCGUGCGGUGACCGAGCUGGAUGUCCUGUUUCUGGAAGAAGUUCGUCACGACGUUUGCAUGGGUAUGGACGCCUUUGAUGUCAUCGAGUGUUCCGAGUCUGGCACAGAGAAACACAGAUUGGUCAAUCUUAGCACAUAUCUGCUCUCGGUCCUGGAGCGUGUUGCUGAACGCCUUGGCACCUUUUACUCGAGGCUGUCGAGAGAAUCCAUCUAUCGCCCAGAAUUGGAGAAGAAUCCCGCAAGGACGCGUUGGAAUGUGCUGAAAAGGAAGAUACAUGAUGGCUCUUUUGUCAUCCUGUCUCAAGCUUCGGCAUUCAGCGGUGCGAGUCAUGCUGCAAAACCAUUCCGGUCAACGCGAUACGCGGGUCAGGAUAUUGCAUUUGCUCAGGUUGUAUCGCAGGCUAAGCAAGCAAUUGACGCCGGCCAGCCACGUGUUGUAAGGGACUCAAGUCGAGGCAUCAACACAGUCUCCUCUCGUCCAGCUCGUCUGGCUGAUUCACACACUGCCAGGGCCGCCUAUGGCGUCGACACCCCAUCGUCUUACGAAAUACAUGAGUCGCGCAAUGCACUUCAAUCGAUCUCGACCUUCAUGGAUUCGAACGUGCAAUCCAUCAAGCGGCUGAGUCAAUUACCUCCAGACCUGAGUUUCGCAAAUAUCGUGGCCGCAUACGGCAGCAACGGUCGACAGUUACCAUCAGUGCCGUCUCUGAAGGAAGAGGAUGAAGGGUCUCCAGGACCGGCAGAACAACAAUGUGGAGACUCACAAUCGUCCCAUACCAGCAACUGGCCGCUUCCCCUGGCAACAGCUGCGAGGCCUGGAUCAAGAAGUUUGAACCAUUCUCAAGCAGACUUCUCGCCGCGGCUGGUGAGGAGGCCAACGAACGGGUCCAUUUCCAGCGUUAGUGGACUUCCACACCACCCGGCGCCCAGUGCUCAAAGCCUUGCAUCAUUCAUAGGGAGGCCAGUCCUCCAAGCGCGGGACGCUACCUCAAAUGCUGCGAGGCCCUUUCCCAGAUCCCUGGUGCCGAACCUGACAAACCGAAGCCGAUCUCAAUCUCGACGCAGAAGUGGUUCCGAGACUAGCUUGAGCUAUGAUCGAUCUAUGGAUACUUCUACUAGGACCAUAGAAACGGCGCCUGUGGCGACGCAGCAUUCACAGCUCAUGCGAUGUCAGAUAUCUAACGUUUCGGCCAAGAACAGGAGUUCUACCGAGCUUGACUUCACACCUAACGCUCCGCUGGCUCAGCAGCCGUUCUGGCAAAACUGGGAAGCCGCUACCGUGCCAGCCAUUCCCGAAGGAAUUCCACAAAUAGGGGAAUGA